AUGUCAAAGUUUGAUGAGCUUUUGGACAUUGACUUGUUCACCUUUGACUUGGACAAAGAUGUAAUUAAGAUCCCAUUCAGGGCGGAGGUACCACAACCUCGACCCCACUUGAAUGUGGAGCCAUUCCCGCCCCGGCCUAAAAUUGAAAGAAAGGUCCGCGGGCCUCGCGACAAUGUUGACCUCAGGGUCCAGCUAUUAAAAAUGAGAUAUGCCAAGGCUGAAGAUGAGUUAAUUAAUAUAACUUUUGUAAGUUUAUAUUUGAAAUUUCAAACUACUUAUCUUGAUAGAUUGAACCAGAAGUAGUUGGACACUUACUUUUAAAAAUAUAUGAAAAGUGUCCCGCUACUUUUGGUUCAACCUAAUCACUCCACUAUCCUACCUUAAACUACAUUACCCUCCUCUAACUUUCCUUACCCUACUUUUCCUAAGAUAAUAUAUAAUAAUACAGUAGGUGGUAAGGCUAAAGUCUAUACCUAUAAAAAAACUUUUAAUAUCCAAGUUUAACACUAAACAGUUCAUUCAACAAUUGUAAAACUCUUGUAUAACAAAACUACUAUAUAACAAAGCUUCUUAAUAAACGAAAAAAUUCAAAAACCAUUUCGUUAUACAAGUGUUCCACCGUAUUUGCCAUCAUUGACAUAUAGAACCUUCUUUUUAUUACAGGACAUAAAGCCCCAGCCGGCCAAAGAGCCAGAACAAACAAAAAAUGCUCCAAAAGGCAAAAAACGGCCGGCUUCAGACGACCUGAACGAAGCGUCGGCCAAGAAAAUGAUGUGCCAAGACGACUUGGACCUUGGUGACAAAACGUUAACGACCGAGGAAUUGGAGUACCUAAUGUUUGGGGAUGACUAG